UUUAUUUCGACGUAUUUACAAUUUAACGACUAGUUGAUUCCAAAUUGACAGCACCUGUCAUUAUAAUUAAUAAAAAUGUCCAAACACGCAUUGAAAUACAAACAAGUUAUCCCCUUAUUCAAUAGGGUGUUGGUGAAAAAACCGGAACCCAUAGUUUUCACCGAAGGGGGAAUUAUGUUACCGGAGGGUACGAAACCGAAACUGCAUAAAGCCACGGUGGUGUCUGUAGGACCUGGUGAAACUAAGGACAACGGUGCCGUGGUGCCCGUGAAGGUGAAACCAGGCGACGAGGUCGUACUUUCCAGUUUCGAGGGUGUGAAAAUCGAGCUGGAAAACGACGAAACGUAUUACCUUUACAGGGAAAACGAAAUUUUGGCUACAUUGAAAAAGUAGACGUAUUUCUUUCGGGUUAUUUGAUAUGUAUUUUUGUUGUUACAAAUAAAUUCGUCGAGAUAAAA